AUGGCGGUGUCAAACACCUACUGGAUCACUCUCGUGCUCCUUCUCGCCCUUCUCUCGAUGUCCGCCGCCUUCGCCGUGGAAGAUCUCGCCCCGCAUUUUGAGAACAAGCCUCGGAAGGGCCUCUUUAGAGUGAAGAUCCGUCUCGGCGACAAGCCAUCACACCCCAUCCGCGGACUGUCGGAAAAGAACUCCGCUAACGCGGCUCCGUCAACCUCCGCCCAAUCGCAGCUCUCCUCGCUGCUCGCGUCAACCACCUCAGCCGUCCGACGGAUUCUUCAUGGCACGAUGAUCGGCCACAACUCGCCCGCGUCCGGCGCCGCAUCUGCCGGCCGCCACCACAACUCUCGCCUCCUGCAGGACCUCGCGAACACGCGCAUCGCAACUACCCGCGCCAGUGGCGGGCAUCCCGCGGGCGUGGGGCACCAUGGCGCGGGGAAAGGUCACCACGGCGCGGAGGUGGGGCAUCACGGCGCUGGCAAUGGCGGACACGCGGUCGGCGAGAAAGUGGGGACGAUGAUCGGCCACCACCCCUUCGGCAAGGGCCACCACUUGAAGCCUGGCCAGCUGUGCCUCGGGAACCAGUCAGUGUGCGACGUCUGGAAGGGGACUGCCGAGGGUUUCGACACCUGCUGCGGGCGCGCCUGCCGCAACGUGCUAACCGACAACUUCCACUGCGGCUCGUGCAUGACGCCGUGCAGCGGCUCGUCGCAGUGCUGCACGGGCAUCUGCACCGACACGCUCACCGACGCGCAGAACUGCGGCUCGUGCGGCCAGCAGUGCCUCGGCGGCGCCAAGUGCGUCGCGGGCGUGUGUGAGACGUACGGCGGCGCCGGGCCGUCUGGCGCCGGGAGAUAA